UGAAAAUAAAAAGAAGGGAAUGGAUAGAGUUCAUACCCUCCUAUGAUAUGCCAAAAUAAGAGAUCGAAGGAGAGAGUAGAGCUGUUAUAAACGCACAUUCAUUCAUAAAAUUCAUAAUUAGUAACUACUCAUUUACUCUCUCAUAAAUCAUCAAAAGUCAAGAAAAAAAAAAAAAAUUUCUUUCAGAAACAGAAAAAAAGAAAAAAAAAGAAAAAACACUUCCCCUCUCAUAAAUUCACAAUCAAAUUCAUUUUCUUCCAAUUUCCCAACAACCUCUCUCUAUCUCUCUCUCUCUCUCUCUCUCUCUCUCGAUCUAUCCGCCUCUCUCUGUUUUUUAUUUAAAUUCAAUUUAGAUUCCACCUUUUUCCACAGCAAACCCAAACCAAAUCGAUCAAGCAAUCAAUCCAAUGAGCACGGGCGAGCUUCUCAGCAUCGAGCCUCUGGAGCUCAAGUUCCCCUUCGAAUUGAAGAAGCAGAUCUCUUGUUCGCUUCUGCUCUCGAAUAAGACCGAUAACUAUGUCGCUUUCAAGGUCAAAACUACGAAUCCCAAGAAGUAUUGUGUUCGUCCGAACACGGGAAUUGUCUCGCCUCGAUCCACAUGUGAUGUUAUAGUUACAAUGCAAGCACAAAAAGAGGCUCCUCCAGACAUGCAAUGCAAGGACAAGUUUCUCCUCCAGAGUGUAAAAACCAAUGAUGGUGCAGCUCCAAAGGAUAUUACUCCAGAAGUGUUCAAUAAAGAGGCGGGAAAUGUGGUUGAGGAGUGCAAAUUGAGAGUGGUAUAUGUUUCUCCACCUCAACCACCUUCUCCGGUUCCAGAAGGGUCAGAAGAAGGGUCUUCACCAAGGGGUUCUGUUAUGGAGAAUGGAAAUGUGAAUGGUGCUGAGUUUUCCAAUGCUGCAAAAGCAUUUAGUGAGCAGCUUGAACCUCAGGAGAGAUCUGCAGAGGCAAGAUCACUUAUAUUGAAACUGACAGAGGAAAAGAAUAAAGCAAAUCAACAAAGUAACAGGCUUCGCCAGGAGCUGGAACUCUUGAAGCGUCAAGGGAGCAAAAGUCGUGGUGGUGUUUCGAUCCUUUUCGUCAUUAUUGUUGGCUUGAUUGGCUUACUUUUGGGCUAUCUCAUGAAGAAGUCGUAAGCACUCGGUUACAAAUCUUGUGUCGAGCUGUUUCCUUCCGAGUCAUUGAAGAAUGAUGGUGGAAGGAAAAACUGAGGGUGGCUCAUUUUUAGUUAGCUUUGCGAAAGUUUCCAAACUUGUUUAGGUGGGGCUGUGGAUCUUAGGUGCUGGAAUUCUAGAUUAGUGCGUGGUAAACUUACAUUCUUUUGUAACUUAAGAGGAUGAUUUUCACUUUGUUUCAUUUGUGUUUCAACUUUGAGAGAUUUUGGUUAACUGUAUCUCUGAUGGUUGUCAAUAAUUUUAUACAUCUCAGUGUGAUGUAAAACCUGUCUUCAUUUCUUCUAUAUUAUUUUUUCUUUGUUUCAA